CAGUUGCAGUCAGUCGUUCGCGAGGCAACCGACGACAACGACGACCGUGCGGCCGUGGCUACAUAUACAUCAUUUUUUAAAUUUUUAUUGUAUCACAAUUUUGCUGUCUGUCCUGCAGUAUCGUCGUCAGGCAAGCUAGAAAGUGUACACAAAAACGCAACGUAAUAAAAUAUUUUCGAUACACCUAGUAUCGUGUCCAGCAAAUAAGGAUAAAUGUCGAAUCUCCGCCGCGUGACCGACGUGGUCUUUACCGUCGCCGUCGCUGUGUGGAUUUCUUCCUCAGCAUGCGCAGCAGCGGAAUCGGCCGACGUCCACAGAUACGAGGCUAAUUGGACCAGCUUGGACGCCAGACCACUGCCCGCGUGGUACGACCAGGCCAAGUUCGGCGUGUUUAUCCACUGGGGUGUGUACUCAGUGCCAGCGUUUGGCGGUGAAUGGUUUUGGAUGAACUGGAGAGGUAGAAAGGGCGUAAAUUAUGUAAAUUUUAUGACAAAAAAUUUCAAGCCAGGUUUCACGUACCACGAAUUUGGUCCCCAGUUCACCGCGGAAUUCUUUGACCCUAUGCAAUGGGCCAGUAUCAUCAAAGACUCCGGUGCAAAGUAUGUAGUAUUGACCACUAAACACCACGAAGGUUACACGUUGUGGCCAUCGAAAAAAUCAUUCGGAUGGAACUCUGUAGACGUCGGGCCCCAUAGAGAUUUAGUAGGUGACCUAAGCAGAGCCAUUAGAAGUUUAAACAAGACUCGUUUUGGGGUGUACCAUUCGUUGUACGAAUGGUUUAACCCACUUUGGUUACAGGACAAACAAUCAAAUUUAACUUCCAACACAUUUGUGACCGAGAAAGUCCUCCCAGAACUUUACGAAUUGGUUAACCAUUACAAACCGGAAAUCUUAUGGUCGGACGGCGAAUGGGAAGCACCAGACACUUACUGGGAUUCGUUGAACUUCCUCGCAUGGCUCUACAACGACAGUCCUGUUAAAGACACAAUAGUGGUGAAUGAUCGGUGGGGUGGCGAUACACUAUGCAAGCAUGGAGGAUUUAUGACCUGUGCAGAUAGAUAUCAACCAGGAAAAGUUGUUGGUCGAAAAUGGGAAAACGCUAUGACAGUAGACAAAUAUUCGUGGGGCUACAGGAGAAAUGCUCGAGCAUUAGAUGUAUACUCAAUACAAGAUUUAAUCGCUCAAUUAGUCGAAACAGUAAGCUUUGGAGGUAAUUUGUUACUAAAUAUUAGCCCUACCAGUGAUGGCAUGAUACCGCCAUUGCACGAAGAACGGUUGCUACAAAUUGGUCAAUGGUUAUCGAUUAAUGGGGAAUCUAUUUUUGAUACUAAUCCGUGGUUGACGUGUCAAAAUGAUUCACAACAUCCGAACUUAUGGUAUACGCAAGGAAAAAAUACUUCGACAAUUUAUCCGAUAGUUUUGCAAUGGCCUGAUGAUAAUCUACUCAAUUCUGCUUGUCUGGACAAAUUAAAUAUUGAGUCUAUUGUUAUGUUGGAAACACAAAGUAAACUUAAGUGGAGUCAAAAGGCAGAAGGCGGUUUGAUGAUUAAGUUAGAAGAUAAAUCGAAAACCAGCACUGAUUGGGGCUGGGCUCUACGGGUGACUUUGAAUCUUUAAGUGUUUUUUCGAGAACUGUAUCCUUUCAUUUGUACAAGUAAUAUUUCAUAAGAAACAAUUGUACCAAACAUCUAUAACAAAAAUACAUAUUUAUACACUAAACUGAA